CACGUCCCCCUGUGCUCAUUCAACAGAGAAUUGUCUAGGUUGGCCUACAGUUUACCUAUCACAGUAAUAAACUCACUUAAGGAUCAGUGUAUCCCCCCUGGAGUGUUAUUAAUUAAACGAUUGAUUCGAGUAACAAAAAAAGCCCCAGAUCUUUGGAUGUAUGUGGACAUAAGUAAUCAGGAGCAUGCGACAGUGGAUUCCAAAAUGACUGAAUGGUCAUCUAGUUUGGAUUAAUAGUGACAGGUCAUUGGAUAUAUAUUUUAAACAAUCACGAUAUUUGUGUGAAGUAGUGAGAACGACAACGAAAGACGAGGGGAUAUGAUGAGGUAACGAACCGAGAAUGAGAUAUAGAAGUGGUGACCUCCUCAGCUAUGCAGUCUUUACGCUCACUUUGCAUCUCAAUGGUCAAGUCAAUGGUGGCGGUGUGUGCAAAGACUCGCAAGGACGGACUUACGAAACUGGCCACUUGUUCAUACCUGAGCCAUGCACUGUAUGCAUUUGCGACAAUGGAAAUCCAAAGUGGUGCAAGGAAGUCAUAUGCACGCUACCACAGAAACCCAUGUCGAAGCAAGACUGCAAAUCAUUUCGGAUGGACGGCACUCCCUGCUGCGAAUUUAUCUGCCUGGAUAACACACUGUCUUCAGUGACAAAUGACAAAACUGAUGGGAUAGAUGGAGGGAACGAUGCGACUGCCAGUUACGAUCUUGGAUUGAGGCUCGUCGCAAGCUGCUUCACAGCCAUUCUAUCUCUCAGUCUUCUGUUUUUCCUUAUACAUAGACUUAGGCAACGGAAAAUUCGAGUUUGCGUAGCAGGAAGACAAAGUCGUCAGUUGGGUGACGAGACCCGUUCAUUGGGCACAAUGAGUUACCUAGAGCGUGGAGGACUGCCACAUGGUAUGCAAAUGGACGAUCUGGCCUGUGGAGGUGGCUAUCCCCUGUGGAAACCACCCGGAAAUUACUUUCCACGUGGUGAAGCACCACCACCUUACGAGGAAGCAGUAGCUGCAGCAAGAGCUGAACAAGCGCUCUUAUCAAUAAGUCCACACGCACUAUCACCUCUAAAUCUACCCAGCACAUACUUAACAACACACAACAGUCAAUCGACAUUAUUAACGGGGAAUGCCAAUUUACCGGGAAAUUCACCAACUCCAUCGAAUCACGGGGCAAGUCCCUCGUCGUCUGUGUCAGGAAGUCGUCCCCUCAGUGCAGUGAACCCGCACUGUCAUCAGCAGGGAAAGAGUGAGAGUGUGUCCCCCGGGUUUUACAAUAACUCCUCGACAACAAGUUUCAGCAUGGGUAACAGCACCUACGAGAAUUUACCAACUCCAAUUACACUGACGAACAUGAAUAAUAUGACAGAAAUAGGCUCGACAAACAACGUACAGACACAAUCAUCAUCAAUGAAUCACCAGAACACCUCCAAGACUUAUCACACAACUCUGCCACGUCAGGGAUCAGCAUUCACUAUCUCAGCAACUCUACCAAGCUCCAGUGUUUCCACACAUCGGACUAUUCCGAGAACACUAGCCACGAGUAGUAAUUUAAGGCUGAGACGUGACUUUUUGGCGAAUAAACCAGUUGUUCCACUGUUUGGUGAAGUUCUCAUUGACGUACCUUCUGGAAGACAACCGAGAUCUGCCCCUCCCACAAUACCAAGCACAGACAGUGCAACCCAGGCUGAUUUCUACGCUGAUUCCUUCAGGGAGAGCACAAAAAUUCAUUCGAAUGAGUCUCAAACUGAUGCUACAUCUUUUGGAGGGAUCACUGGUGGUCAUUGUGAUAAAAAAUUACCACCUUUAUUGGCUUCUAAUGAAGCUAAUCAGGAUGGCAGCUUUGAGUCUUUUACGUGCAACUGCAGUAUGCAGGCUAUACCAACUAUCCAUGAUGACACUGAUGACUACAGAAGUGAGUGUGAAAAUUGCAAAAGUACCACUGGGUCGAGGUACUAUUUGGAUAAUGAGAAUGAACUUGUUACUUCACCUCAUGAGACUAUGACACUCCAUAGAAGACCUGAGGAGACUGCCGCUAAUGUUACUCCACAGUAUUACAGGACCUCACUGACACUGCCAACUAAUACACGACAACGUAUAAGAACCACUGGGAGUCGAGGUAAUUGGAUCAUGCCAGAAAAUUCAUCGGAAUCUUCCGACGACGAUUAAAUCCUCAAUAAAUCUUCCCCACCUUCCACGGAUUUUAUAAAACUUCCGAAACUAUUAACAAUAAUGAAAUUCUAUAGAUAUCCUAUAGAGAGCUAUUCAAUGGGAAGACUUCCAAUUAUUGUUGGAUUUUCGUGGCAAAAGUUGCUUUAUCUGUAUUAAAUCAUCACGAAUUUUAUUACUAUGAUAUCAUAAGUAAGUGCCAAAUUUAAAUAAUUUGAGUUGAACAGUUGUGAGUUAAAAAAUCUUCAUGACUCUUCAGCGUCUGGUUCUGCCCGUUCUUAUUUCAUGAUAAUGAUAAUUGAAUGCGGAGUCAAAUGGAAAAAGACGAGUACUCGAUAAUUCGGUGAGUGUAUGUUGGGAAUAUUUCGCCUAAAAAAUCAUUCCAAGAAUAUGAUCAUGGGAGAUCCCCAUUACAAGAUUUUUUUUUUCAAUUGAGUAUUGAAGGCUGAAAUUGAAAUGGCAAUUAUUUUUUUAAUGUUCUUUCUCAAAAUUUUGAGACUUUCACAGGAUGAAAUCAUUUGAAGUUUUGAAUUCUCGCCUUUUAUCAUUUCACUGGUCAAUUAUCGAGUGAUUUAUCGUCGUGUAGACGGAUUUAAUGGAGUAAACAACAAUCCCCAUCUUGGGAGUCUAUAUAGAACCUAUGGUACCUGAUUCAACUUACACAUCCCUUUUGGUGGAAUUGUUGAUAGUGUUCUCUUUAUCAUUCCGUAUGUGAUGCAUACGAUUCGAAAAGACCCAUCAAAUAAUAUACACAACGCCAAAGUAUGAAAAAUUUUCUCGAAACAUUCAUCAUCAUGUUUGAUUAAAAAAAACGAUAAACCUGUGAAAAAUCAAUUUCAACAUUAUCCUCAAGUUUUUGUUAUCUGCCAUUUUUAGUAGAGAUAAUCGAAUAAUGAACUCCAAUUUAUUUCUUUCUACUUUCAAGAAUUAAAUGUCUCUAGUCACUGAUGUUUGGUUUCGGUACGGAAUAACUGCGCACAAUAAACAGUCAAAAUGAAUAUAUCAGUAAACCCAAUCGGAGAAUAGAAAAAGGGGUUUUAUUCUUCUUGUUCUGUCAUUGAUCGAAGCUAUGGAAAUACCACUAUGAUAAAAUAAAAAAA